GCGGUGCUUGAAUUACAUUUGGGAGCUAUCUUUUUCUUAAAUAAAAAAAGAAAUCCUUUAAAACUAUUUUGUGUUGUCUUUCUUUUCAUUAUAUCUUUAGACUUUUUAUUAUUAUAUUAUUUUAUUUUAUGGAUACUGACUUUGAAAGUGUACUUCUUGUUAUUCGAGAAUGUUUUGUAUAUAAAAUCCCUCCUCGUACAGCAGCCAGAGGCUAUAGAGCAUCGGAAUGGGGUGAUCUUGCCACAUCUUUUUUAUGGAAAGGUCGACUACGUAUUAUGAGUAAAGGACAAGCCUGUUUUAUUCGUCUUGAAGACAAUGAAUCUGGCGAAGUCUUUGCUGUUUGUCCAUAUGAUCCAGCCUCAAAUUCAGUAGAAGCAGUACUUGAUUCAAGUCGAUAUUUUGUACUUAAGAUCGAAAAUGAAGGUCGCCAUGCAUUUAUAGGUAUGGGAUUCCAGGAACGAAGUGAUGCAUUCGAUUUUAAUGUGGCUUUACAAGAUUUUACAAAGCAAAUCAACGCAGAAAAACAAUCUGAACGUCGAGCAAAAGAAGUGGACAAUACACCAAAGAAGGAUUAUAGUUUGAAGGAUGGUCAAACUAUUAAUAUUAGUAUUGGAAAUGUGGGUAAACGAUCACGAACACGUCCAUCCGAAAAUCCUUCAUCCAAUUUUUCUGGUGGUAUGGUUCCAUUGAUUCCUCCUCCUCCUUCUGCAGCCCAAGUCAAACAACAACAACAACAACAACAACAACAACAACAUAGCCUUUUUCAAUAAAGAAUCACGAUCUAUUUUUUUUUUCAACUUCAUUAUCUUUUUGCUAUCACCAAUCACCUUACUCUUCAAUCAUGGAUGGUUAACCCCUAUGAUACUGGAUUGUCGUUUAUGUAUGUCCUUAGUGUACUUAGUAUAUUUUUAUCCUAUCCACUUGGGUUGAUGUCAAUAAAGGCUUCCUGUCUUUUAUCUGUAUAUAUAUAGGUACGCGUGUCUUUAGGGAAAUGAUAUGAUUGUGGAUAUAGAGUUUAUGUAUAAAAGAAUGACAGUUGAUGUAGAGUUUCGUGUCGUUUUAGAUGGUACAACUCAUGGUUAAAAUCAG